GCGGAUUUGACAUGAAGAAGAAGACAUGCGGAUAAUGAGAAAAGCCUUUGAGGAUGUUUGUUGCAUGCAUGGACUACCUUGUUCCUCUCUGGGUCACUGUUUUGGUUAUCCAUCCGAUGUGAACACUGAUCCAGCACCUGCCCAGGAGCCAAACAGCGCCAGACGAAGCAGAAGUAGCCACGGACUACCUGCAGCAGACCCGGUUACAUCCCAGCCAGAAGGCCUGCCAGUCAGUCUACAGGAGCAGCAGCAGCAGCAGCGGCAGCAUGAACAGGCUCAGAGGACUGUCAGCUGUAUCUCCACACACUCCACCAGAACCAGAAAUGUGAACGGCACCAACUCAAACUCUAUCUGCCACCUGCAGGAUGCAGGUGAGGCACCGUGCUUUGAGUCACCUCCACCCAGCCGUAGCCUCUCUCAAAGCUCAGAGGAGGAUGAGCUGGAGUUGGACUGUAGUCCGGAGCUGGAGCUGAAAUAUCCCCAGAUCCCCAGACCCUCCAUUAUUAUCAGAAAGCCAAAGGAUUCGGAAUUCCAGGAAACAGCGUCUGACAGGUCGGACGGCAGGGAGACAGAGGAUGGAGGGUUAUCAGAUAUAAGCGCCUAUGCUGAAGCCCAGCAGGAUGAAAUCGUGUGA